AUGUUAUCUCAAAUAUCUUAAAUGGAAUCCAUUUUGCGUGGAGGUGGUUGUGGAACUUCAAAAAUAAACCCACUAUAAUCAGAAAUCUCAAAGUCAGAUAAUUAAGAUCUUUAUAAUUUCUUUAAUAAAUUCAACUUUUAUGUUGAAAUAAUUUGCACUAAGGCUGUUGUUGCUGCUGAUUAGUCAGAGAAUUAAGAAAUAAUGAUUGCUCUACAAUGGUUUAGUUUUUAAGAAGAAAACAUUUACAAACUUAACAAAAAUGCUUAAAGUGUUAUGAAAUCAUACGAUUUAAUUUUAGAGGGAAUCAGAAAGCUAUUGAAAAGCUGUUUGAUCUAAAUUAAACAGAUUCGUUUAAAUACAACUGCGUCUCUAUCUAAAGUUAUAUUUAGCUUCCAUAUAUUAAAUGAGGAGAGAUUUAUGAAAUGUGACUAAUAACAGGAAUUUUUCGACAUAUCCGACAAACUUAGAAAACACAUGGAAAUAGAAAAAAAUGAUUUGAUUCAAAAUUAAAUGGAACUCUAUCUUUUCUUAACAAGAACUUCUUUCGAGAUCUCACCAAAUAAUAGUAAUGAAAGGGUAGAAAUUUUAAAAGGAUGUUUAAGUGGUAUUAUUGGUUCAAUAAUUUAAAUGAAGCCAAAUGAGGAAUUGCUUGAAUCAUUGUUUCAGGGAGCCUGCCAUCUUUACAAAUUGUAUAUUGUAAGCAAUAAUAGAAAAUAAUUUGAAGUUUAUUUUUAAAUAGAUAUGUUGCAAUGGGAGAUAAUAAGUUAUUUUAAGGAUGAAAAAUUGAAAAAUAUAGACAAAAUACUAUUACAAGUUGAAGAAAUACAUAAUAUAGUAAUAAAAAAUUCAAAUCUAUGGAAAUAUCAUUAUCUUUGGGUGUAAAUGAUUGGAAAAAUCUUGUAAUAUAAUCCUCUCUUAACAAAAUAGAAAUUAUCUCAGUUGAUAAAUUCUUUUAAAUUUGGAUUAAAGCCAGAUUAAAUUUGGACGGAAUACUAGAGAAAAGGAUUAUUAAUUUAGAUGAAUCACAGGAAUGACUAAGCAGUCAUCUAACUUAAUUAACUUUAAAAUACUUAAUUAAGUUAAAUAGAUAGAAAAAUAUUAGAAACCUGUUUCAAAGAAUGGGAAAUCUUCUUAUUAUUUAAAGAUUUUCUCGUAAAUGAUCAAUAUUAAAAUAUCCCAUUCACAUUUAGAUCAUAUUUAAAAAGCAAAUUAAAUAUCGAAGUCUAAACAAAUGAAAUUAUUUUUGCAAUUAAUAAGAUCAAUAAUUUUUUAGCCAUUAUGAUUUCCAGUAAGUUACUGACUUUAACUAUAUAAAAUGUUGAGAAAGUGGAAGAAUAAUUUUAUGAAAGAAAAGCAUAACAAUAAAUAAAAAAAAUGAUAUAAAAUUUGGAAGAGUAUUUCUAAAAUUUAUAGGAUAUCAUAAAAAUUAUGAGUCUAAAUUCACGCAAAUUGUAAGAGAGAAAUGAAAAUAGCAAUUUUGAGAAACUUUAAAAGUUGUCGAGUUUAUAGGAGUUAUUAGAAUUGUCUAUAUUUAGAGAGGAAAGAGAUCAAAAUGUGAAUGAUGAAAAUGAUUCUAUUUAUGAGUGGAGAAUUUUUAUUUUUGAAGAUUUAAAGGAACUUGAUUUCAAAGAAUAUAAAUUCUCAUUUCAUGAGUUACCUUACUAAAAUAAAAGCAAAAUAUUGGAAGAAGCUUAAAAGUUGAUUAAGAUUAUUCAGAAAGAAUUUUACGAGUUAGAAAUAACUGAGCUUUAAAAUAACUUAUUGCAAUAUUUUUAGCAUUUAUGUAAGGAGAUUUCAAACACUUUUUAAGAGUUUAACCUACACCUUAAGGAAAUCAUGAUCAUAAUGUAUUAAAUUGAGGCAGUUCCUAAAAUUGAUGAACUUUAAAAAAUUAAAAAAUCUUUUGCUAAUAAGCAAUUAUUUAAAUUUCUCGAAAACAUAAGGUACAAAAGCCUGAAGUUAAAACUAAAAUUGAUUUCUUUAAAGAAGUCUUUUUUAUUGAUAUUAGAAUAGGCCAAAGCAGAGGAGUUAAGAAAAUUGUCAGAAGUAAUAAAUCUUGAUGAAUUUUUGUUCAGUGUAAUUGAAGAUUUUCCAAAAAGAAUUUUGAUAGAAAACUUUCAUGUAACAACUUUACUUACUGAAUUAUAAAAUAACGUAAUCACAGAUAUAGACAUCGAAUAAAGGUUAUCUAGGUAAAAAGGAAUAAUAAAAUUCAUCCUGUCUAAAUAGUAUAUAAAUGAAAAACUAGUUGAAGAAGAGGGAAAAGAUUUGGAGUUGAUUGAAAAGGAAUUCGGAGAAUUAUUCAUCAAAGAACCUCCUUCCUUUCCGAUAUUAGAGGAAAUUAUAGCAAUUUAUGAAGAUCUAAAAGUUGAUGAAUAAUUGGGAGAUGAUAAAUUUCGCUUACCAGAAAAAGAAAAAUAUGAUUAUUUUUUGUCUUAAUUAAGAUAAAUUGAAAAUUUAAAUAAAUGCUAAUCUAUUGUAAAUUUGAAUUCAUUAAUCGUCCAAACAGAACUUGUGAUUAAAACAAUCCAAACCUUUGGAUAAACAGACAAAGAAAUAGAUAAAAUGUUAAUUUAUCAAGAACUUCUCAUUUUUAAAUCCAUAAUGUGCAAAAUAUCGAAAGAGGAAUAAUAGUAGGUAUCUAAAUCAUAAGAUAAAGUAAGUUUGGAGAGAGUUGAAAUUAGUGUCAAAGAGAACUAUAGAACAUACUUAUAAUUCAUGAUUAAGAUAAUAAAGUUAAAAACAUUAAAGCUACAAGAAGGGAGGGAGUUAUUAAACUAGUUGUUUGAAAAAGUUGUUCUUUUUUCUGAAAAACUUGAUUAAAUUUAAAGAUAUGAAAAAGAAAAUUAAAUCAAAUUCUAAAAAAGAUGUUAAGAAUGUAUUUAAGAAUUUAUGGAGAUGUUUGAAGAAUCUCAAUUAAUAUUAAAUUAGGCUAACCAGAAUGAUGACGAAAAUUUUCAUUUGUACUUGGAAAGAAUAGAAACCCAGUUUUUUAAAAGAGGUAAUGAUAAAGUGAUCGCAUAAGAUUAAAUCAAGAUUUCUGAUUUUCUUUAUCAAUUAGUAGUUUCUGUCUAAAAAUAACUGGCUGAAUUAAAAUAUCGUUCUAAUAUGACAUUAAAAUAAGAUUUUCUAAUUCAAUAAAUUAAAAAAAUAUACUUAGAGGAGAAUGGAGAGGAAGAUUAAGAGGAAUCAAAAGAAUAAUUUUGUUUAUUAGAUAAUUUCGUUCAAAGGGUCAAAGAAUUUUCAAAUAAUGAUUAAUGGAAAAUUAAAUAGGGUCUGGUUUUUACUAUAAUUUAGAUAUCAUCUAAUUGUUUUUCUGAUUCGAUGACUUCUUUUUGUUAGAAAGUCCUAAUCUAAUUAUGGGUUUAAGAAAAAGAUCAAAGAGUUAGAAAUAUUUUAAAAAAUUAAGGCUUGAUAAGCGUGUAAAUGUAGAUUUUGCAGAAAGAUUGGUCAACCUAACAUGAUAGAAUUGCUAAUAAUAUGUAGGAGAUGUUGAGAUAAAUUGAUGAAUUGUAAGAAUAAAUUUCUCAUGAAGCUAAUCUUAAUAAGCGAGAUAUAUAUCUGAAAGAACUUGAUGAACAACGGCGCAAUUAGAUUAAUAAAUUGAAAAUAUCAGUGAAAUGGGUUAAUAGCUUAGACUAAUAACUGACUUUAGUAGAGGGGAAAAUUAAUAAAAUGAAAGAAUAACUCAAAAGUAUUGGAAACGAUGUUAAAUUUUUGAGAGGAAAAUCUGUUGAAUAAUUAUUUGAAAUUAGAAAAUGGAAAGUAUUGAAAGAAGCCGCAUUAAGGAAUGUAAAAUCCAUUUAUGUUCCAUUAUAAACUAAAGAGAUAUUUCAUAAAACAGAGAAUGGUAAAAAGAGGGAGGAUAAAUUAAAAUAACUUAAUGAUAAAGAAGGAGAAGUGAAUGAGUUUUUGUUAGAUGAGAAAGAAACAGUGUUAUUAAUUCAUGGAGUAGCUGGAUCUGGCAAAAGUACAACAGCUAAGAAAAUAGAGGAACUUAUUUGGAAAUUACAUAACGAUAAUAAAAAAGUUAGAAAUCAGAUUCUCAUACCUAUUUAUAUCUCCUUGUCCUCGUUAAAAAACCCUGUUUUUUAAGCAGUAGAGGAGGCACUUCAUUAGGAUGAGUACGGCUUUGACGAACUUUAACUAAGAGAAUGCAAAGAGAUGUUAGAAAAGAAAGAAUUCAGAUUGUUAUUGAUAAUGGAUAGUUAUGAUGAAAUGAAACUAGAGAAUAUUUAAAAAAAUUUAUAUAUGAAUAAUAAAGUCAAAUAGAAUUGGUCAGACCCACUUGUUAUUUUUACCACAAGAAGCGAAAUUUUUACAAGUAGUUAUGUCUUUUGGUUUGCACCUGAUCAAAUGGAAAAUUUAAAGGAAAUUCAGCUUUAAAAAUUUAAUUCUGAUUAAAUAAUAGAAUACUUAAAAAAAUUCACAAUUUAAAGUGUUAAAAUGUUGAUUUUUGAAAUAUUUGAAUGGCAAACAUAAAUUUCAAAUUAAGGAGGACUGGGUAUCAAUAAUUUUGAAAAGAGUUGGGAAAAAUUGAAGGAAUCAUGUUUGAGCACAACAAAUUUCAAUGGUGAAGCCCUUAUGAAUUAAAAAUAAAUAGAGAACAUUUUAUCAUUUUUAAAGAAUAAUUAAUCCUUUGCUUUAAAAAGUAAGGAAGCUUUAAGAAGUCUAAUGGUAAAAUUACAAAAACUAUGGAGCGUUGAAAAGUAUAAAAAGAUGAUGGAGAAAAUAAGUAUAUAUAGAUUGAUAGGAACUCCAUAUAUGAUGGAAAUAAUAGUUUAGGUGUUGCCUAAAAUGAUGAUGAAAGCUUCUGAUAUGAUUAAUUUAAGAUAAAAUUUUCUAAAAAAUUUCCCAAUUAUGCUUUAUGAGUUUUAUAAAAGUAACUAUCUGAUUAGAAUGUAUAAAUGGUAAUAGAAACAGGUUAUGGGACAGAAUAAAAAUGAAGAGGAAUAAGAGAAUAAAUAAUAGGAGAAUAAUGAAAAAGAAUAACAGGAUAAAAAUGAAAAGGAAUAACAGGGUAAAAAUGAAAAGGAAUAACAGGAUAAAAAUGAAAAGGAAUAACAGGAUAAUAAUGAAAAGGAAUAGCAGGAUAAUAAUGUAAAAGAAUAACAAGUUACCUAAACUGAUGUGGAAAAUUUUGGAUAAAAUUAAUUAUUUGAGAUUGGUGUUAAAGUUUGGAAUAAAAUGGAAGAAGAUUCAAUUGCUACCCAAUUUUUCAACCUUAAAGAAUUAAAUGAUCUUAACAACAACAAAAAUCUCUUAUUUGAACAUUACUUUAAACUCUUCAAUAAUGAAUUUGCAAUUAUUCAGAAAGACAGACUGAUUGAAGUUGUUUGUAAUGCAUUACGUGAACUCAAUCUUACAAGUUAUGACUUUUAUGAUGAAUUUAUUAAUGAAUAUCAUAACCAAUAAAUAGAAAAGUAGAGAAAUUUGGGAAAAUCAAUUCAUAUUGAUCGGUUUUUACAUGACUUAAAAAAGUAUUCCAUCAACCUUGCAAAAGUAAUGAGCACAAAAUAAAUGACAUAAGUUAAAUAUUAAUAAUAAGGGUUUCUGUAUUAAGAAGAAAAAGAAGAGGAGAAGUGGUAAAAUGAUUAUUUUAACGAUGACGAUCAUUAAUUUGGUUCCUAUAAAAAGGACUUAAGGAGUUGUUCUCUAGUCUAAUAAAAAGGUACUAACUUUUAAUUUGUCCAUAAGUCAAUUUAAGAGUUCUACAUAGCGGCUGAUUUGUAUUCUGUAUUAGUGGUAUCGAAAGAACUUAACAAGCAGACAUUCGUUUGGAUAUUAGAAUAACUGUCUAUAAAGAAUAAUUGUGAUAAAAAUUGUUUCGAAUAUCUAUAAAUUUAAAUGAAUCAAGAGAAUCUAAUCAAAUUUGAUGCUUAAGUUUUUGAUAGACAAUAGAAAAUAGCUGCUUUUAAAAAAAGUAUUGAGUCAACAUUAAACCUUUUGAGAACUUUACAGAGACUAGAAAGUACUUGA